AUGAAGGCCGUCAUCCUCGCGGCUGGCUACGGGACCAGGCUCCAGAGGGACGUGUCGGCGGACCGCAGCGGGAGGUUCGAUCACCUGGUCGGCAGUGCGAAGCCGCUGCUGCCGGUGGGCCGCUGCGCACUGAUCUCCCACUGGGUUCGAGCGCUGACCGCGUCCGGUGCUGUGGACUCAGUGUAUGUUGUGACCAACGCUCUGUACCGAGCUGCCUUUGAAGAGUGGGCCGCACAUUUCACUAAUGUCCAGAUUGUCAGCGAUCAGACGAGAAGCAAUGAUGAGCGCCUUGGGGCUGUGGCCUGUCUGCAGCUCGCCGUAAAGCACUUCAAGAUAGAAGACCAUGUCAUCGCUAUUGGAGGUGAUACGCUCUUUAAAGAAGAUUUUAGCCUCAGUCAAGUCAAAGAGAAGUUUUCUGACUUCCAGGCAAAGUGUGACGACAGCUGUCUAGUGCUGUCGUACCAGUGCAGAGAUGAAGAAACCCAUAAGUACGGGAUUCUGGAAGUGAACAGUGAACUUUGUGUCCUCUGCAUGAAGGAGAAGCCUCUUCCUUCUGAGACCAAGUCCAGGAGAGCAUGUCCUUGUUUCUAUGUGUUCUCAAAGAAAAGUCUCCCUCUGUUGGAUACAUUCCUUGAGGAGAAGGAGAAAGCUCCUAUUGAAGAGAAAGAUGCUCCAGGAAACUUUGUGUCUUGGCUCAUUCCGAGGAAACCAGUGUAUGUUCAUCAGAUUUCUGGGCGUUUUGACGUUGGAAACUUGCCGUCCUAUAUCGAAUGUGACCUCUACUUCAAAGAAAAUCUUCAGGAUGCAGAGUCUUACAUGGUGUAAAAACCAUCACCUUUAUUAUUCCCUGUUUGUGACAUUAUGCUCAAGAAUCUGUAUAAGGAAAACAAGAACUGUGAAUUUUAUUAAAAUCCUUUCUCACAACCCGUGAUAUCUCUAACCAGUGAGGAGUCUGCUGCACUUGUCAGAGGCCUUUUCACGGCUGUUCUCCAUCUUUGCGAUGCGGGAGCCGAAUUGCAUGGCUCUCUUCGGCAGGACUGCAGACUGACGGAGGCCGAGCCGCCUCGCCGUCAGUCUCAAGAGGAGUUUCUCCCCGACGCCUCGAGGAAGUGACAGAUUGGCCUUCUCCCACACGGGCAGAGAAUUCAGGUAGCUCACCACGUCCUCGUCCAAGAACGGAAAUCUGCAGAUAAAAGAGGGAUGGAUGAGGGAGGAUGGAAUCUCAUCUGUGGUGCUUGUAGGUCCUGUUUGUUGAUAAAAGAAUUUGACAUAUA